AUGGCCUGUCUGACGGCCGCUUUCUCGGUCGGUACCGCCAUGAAUGGCAGCAGUUACUCUGCAGCAAUGACAGAGCCCAAGUCAGUGUGCGUCUCUGUGGACGAGGUGGUCUCUAGCAACCGCGAGGUCAUGGAGAUGGAGCUGCUGAACGGACACCUGAAGAAGGAGGACAACAGUGUCACAGAGGCCCAGCGCCUCUCCUCCCUGCCGCGGAGGGCGGCCGUGAACAUCGAAUUCAAGGACCUUUCCUAUUCGGUCCCAGAAGGCCCCUGGUGGAGGAAGAAAGGAUACAAGACCCUUCUGAAAGGAAUUUCUGGGAAAUUCAACAGUGGAGAGCUGGUGGCCAUCAUGGGUCCUUCCGGGGCUGGGAAGUCCACGUUCAUGAACAUUCUGGCCGGAUACAGGGAGACCGGCAUGAAGGGUGAGGUGCUCAUCAACGGCCUCCCGCGGGACCUGCGCUGCUUCCGGAAGGUGUCCUGUUACAUCAUGCAGGACGACAUGCUUCUACCACACCUGACCGUGCAGGAGGCCAUGAUGGUGUCUGCACAUCUGAAACUCCAAGAGAAGGACAAAGGCAGAAGGGAGAUGGUCAAGGAGAUCCUGACAGCCCUGGGCCUGCUGUCUUGCUCCAACACGCGGACCGGCAGCCUCUCGGGCGGCCAGAGGAAGCGCCUGGCCAUCGCGCUGGAGCUGGUGAAUAACCCUCCGGUCAUGUUCUUCGAUGAGCCCACCAGCGGCCUGGACAGCGCCUCCUGCUUCCAGGUGGUCUCCCUGAUGAAGGGGCUGGCGCAGGGGGGGCGGUCCAUCAUCUGCACCAUCCACCAGCCCAGCGCCAAGCUCUUUGAGCUGUUCGACCAGCUUUAUGUCCUCAGUCAAGGACAGUGUGUGUACCGGGGAAAAGUCUCAAAUCUUGUACCUUAUUUGAGAGAUUUAGGUCUGAAUUGCCCAACCUACCACAACCCGGCCGAUUUUGUCAUGGAAGUCGCAUCCGGUGAAUAUGGCGAUCAGAACGGCCGCCUGGUGAGAGCCGUCCGGGAGGGCAUGUGUGACUCUGGCUACAGGAGGGAGCCCGGAGGUGAUGGCGAGGUGAACCCUUUUCUUUGGCACCGGCCCUCUGAAGAGGUAAAGCAGGCAAAACGAUUGAAGGGGUGGAGAAAGGACUCCACUUCCAUGGAAGGCUGUCACAGCUUCUCUGCCAGCUGCCUCACCCAGUUCUGCAUCCUCUUCAAAAGGACCUUCCUCAGCAUCAUGAGGGAUUCGGUCCUGACGCACCUGCGGAUCACCUCCCACAUUGGCAUCGGCCUCCUCAUCGGGCUGCUCUACUUGGGGAUCGGGAACGAAGCCAAGAAGGUCCUGAGCAACUCCGGCUUCCUUUUCUUCUCCAUGCUCUUCCUCAUGUUCGCAGCCCUCAUGCCCACAGUCCUCACGUUUCCCCUGGAGAUGGGAGUGUUUCUUCGAGAGCACCUGAAUUACUGGUACAGCCUGAAGGCCUACUACCUGGCCAAGACCAUGGCUGACGUGCCCUUUCAGAUCAUGUUCCCCGUGGCCUACUGCAGCAUCGUGUACUGGAUGACGUCCCAGCCGUCCGACGCCGUGCGCUUCGUGCUCUUCGCGGCGCUGGGCACCAUGACCUCGCUGGUGGCGCAGUCUCUGGGCCUGCUGAUCGGAGCCGCCUCCACGUCCCUGCAGGUGGCAACCUUCGUGGGCCCCGUCACGGCCAUCCCCGUCCUCCUCUUCUCAGGAUUCUUCGUCAGCUUUGACACAAUCCCCACCUACCUGCAGUGGAUGUCCUACAUUUCCUAUGUCAGAUAUGGGUUCGAAGGGGUCAUCCUCUCCAUCUAUGGCCUCGACCGGGAGGACCUGCACUGUGACAUCGACGAUACAUGCCACUUCCAGAAGUCGAAAGCCAUUCUCAGAGAGCUGGACGUGGAGAACGCCAAGCUCUACCUGGACUUCAUCGUCCUGGGGAUUUUCUUCAUCUCCCUGCGUCUCAUUGCCUACUUUGUGCUGAGAUACAAAAUCCGGGCAGAGAGGUAA